UAUUGUUCAUCGAAAAAAAAAAAAAAUAAAUAAUUGCUGAUACACUGAAUUUAUUUUAGUGCUUAAAAAAAUAAAUAAAUAUGAUGAAAUAAUAAUAACAAUAAAAAAUAUUUACGUCAAAAAAAAAAAAAAAAAAUGUAAAUAAAUAUUAAAAAAUGUCUGAUUAUUUAAGUGUUAUUAUUUGUUGAAAAAAAAAAAAUGAUUAUUAAGAGUUUAUUUAAUAAUCAACAAAAAAAAAUAUAAUAAUAAUGAAUCAUAGUAAUAAUAGUGGUAUGAAUCAUUACAUUGAUGACUCAAUGAAUAUUACAAAACCCAUCAUGAUGGUUGAAAUACCAGAAACAUUGAGUUAUGAUUAUUGGUUUACAAAAAGAGCUAGUGAUUUUGUUGAGUUGACAUGUCUAUUGCCAAAUGGUGUUGUUGUACCACUUGAAACAAAUAGAAAUUCAACAUUAGCUGAAAUAAAAGAUGAACUUUGGGAUGAGGCAAUUAAAUAUCCACUUCAAGUUCAAUUAAAUAAUUCGGAAUCAUAUUUAUUUUCAUGUAUAAAUAGUACAAAUGCUGAGGCAAUUGAAUUACGUGAUGAAAGUAGACGUUUAUGUGAUGUUAAACCAUUUUGUUCAGUACUCAAAGUUAUUAAACAAUUAAGUAAAAAAACAGAGGAACAUUUAGAUUCAGAUAUUAGUUUACUUAUUGGUAAAGGUUUACAUGAAUUUGAUUCAUUACAAAAUACUGAGGUUAAUGAUUUUCGUAAAAAAUCAAGAGUACUUGGUGAAGAAAUAGCAUUAGCUAGAAUGAAUUAUAGCUGGGAGGAAAAAGUACGUUAUCAAUAUCCAUCAAGGCUAUCAACAAGUGAUGAUAUACCUAAAACUGUACUUGAUAAAAUUAAAGAUGGAAAUAUUGUACUUGUUACUAAAUUUGAACAUACUGAGGCAACAACAUUUACAUUUCAAAUAGCACAUACAUCAACACCACAUCAAUUAAUUGUACAAUUUCUAACAAAACGUGCAAAUCGUCAAUUAUCAAAAGUUGAAGAAAAACCAAAUGAUUUUUGUUUAAAAGUAUGUGGCCAAGAAGAAUAUUUAAUUGGUAAUUAUCCAUUAAUAAAUUUUAUAUAUAUACAAGAAUGUUUAUCACGUGAUGUAACACCAAUAAUUGUUGUUGUUAAUAGUGAUACAAUUGACAUUGAUAAUAAUAGCAAUAAUAAUGAUAUUAAAUUAACACCAACAACAUCAACAUUACGUCCAAAUAAUAAAAAUAAACGUGAAUCAGCAUGGAAAAUAAAAGAUAAAUUUAAAUUUACUGUUAAUAAUAUAUCACGUUUAAAUUCUGAUGCUGAACAACGUACUGUUGAAAUAGUAUUACAAGCUGGUUUAUUUUAUGGUGGUAAAUCAUUAUGUGAAAGUCAAAAAACCAAAGAAAAAAUUGUCAAUGCUGCUGGUAAUUGUGAAUGGGAUAAUGAAAUAUUAAAUUUUGAUAUAUGUAUAUGUGAUAUACCACAUAAUGCUAGAUUAUGUUUUGUACUUUAUGAAAUAAGUAAAUCAUCAAAAGGUGCUGGUGGACGUAGAUUAAUAAAAGAUCCAAAACAAGAAUAUUUUAUGAAUCCAUUAUCAUGGGUUAAUACAACUGUUUAUGAUUUUAAAUCACAAUUUAAAAAUGGCUCAAUAAUAUUAUACACAUGGGCAUACGUUGAAGAUAUACAAAAUGAAGAUUUAUUAAAUCCACUUGGUGCUGUUGUAUCAAAUUCACGUGUUAAUUGUGCAGCAGCAAUAACAUUAACAUUUCCAAAUUUAUGUAACAACAAUAAAACAGUUGAGUAUCCAUCAUUUGAUAAAAUUAUUGCAUACGCAAAAGCAUUACGUGAUAAUAAAUUGUUAAUAAAAAAUAACAACAACAAUAACAGUAACAACAACAAUAAUAGCAGUAGCAACAAUAAUGAUAGUAAUGAUGUCAAUGAUAAUUAUGAUAAUGACAACAGCAGUAGUUUAUACAAUGAAAUAAUUAUAAAUAGAGAUGACACAAAACAAAAAUUAAUAAUUGAAAAAAUUAAUAAUGAUGAUAAUCCAAAUAAAUUACAACAAUUUGAAAAAAUAAAAUUGUUAGCUGAAAGUGAUCCAUUGCAUGAGUUACAUGAACAAGAUAGAAAAACAAUAUGGGCAAUGAGAACACAUAUAUCACAUCAAAUACCAACAUUAUUAUCAAAAUUAUUACAUUGUUUUGAAUGGAAUGAUCAUGAAGAUGUUGCUGAAGCAACACUACUUGUAAGUACAUGGCCAAAAUUACCAGUUGAAAAAGCACUUGAAUUACUUGAUUAUGCAUAUGCUGAUAGAACUGUUAGAAGUUUUGCUGUAAGUUGUAUUAAAGAUAUAUCUGAUGAUGAUUUAAGUUUAUAUUUACUACAACUUGUACAAGCACUUAAACAUGAAAAUUAUUUAUAUUGUGAUUUAACAGAAUUUUUAUUACGUCGUGCAUUAAAUAAUCAACGUAUUGGACAUUUUUUAUUUUGGCAUUUACGAUCUGAAAUGCAUGUUAAAUCAGUAUCAAUUAGAUUUGGUUUAAUAUUAGAAGCAUAUUGUCGUGGUUGUCAAAAACAUAUUAUAACAUUACAAAGACAAGUUGCAUUUUUAGAUAUAUUAAAAACAUCAUCUGAACAAAUUAAACUUAAAAAAGAUCGUAAAAAUGCAUUACUUGGUUUAAAUGAUCAAUUAAAAGAUUCAUAUUAUGAAACAUCAUUGACAAAUAUAUUGUGUCCAAUUGAACCUGGUAUUAGAUUAAAAAAAAUAAAAAUUGAUAAAUGUCGAAUAAUGGAUAGUAAAAUGCGUCCAUUAUGGCUUGUAUUUGAAAAUUCUGAUCCAUUUGGUGAUGAUGUAUUUAUUAUAAUGAAACAUGGUGAUGAUUUACGACAAGAUAUGUUGACAUUACAAAUGUUAAGAAUAAUGGAUAAGCUAUGGAAACGUGAAGGUCUUGAUUUUCGAAUGAAUCCAUAUCAUUGUAUAUCAACUGAAAAUAAAGUUGGUAUGAUUGAAGUUGUCUUGGAAGCUGAUACAAUUGCAAAUAUACAAAAAGAAAAAGGUAUAUUUACAGCAACAUCAGCAUUUCGUAAAGAAUCAUUAUUAUCAUGGUUAAAAGAUCGUAAUGACAGUGAAGUAUCAUUAAAUAAAGCAAUACUUGAAUUUACAUUGAGUUGUGUUGGUUAUUCUGUUGCUACAUAUGUACUUGGUAUUGCUGAUCGUCAUUCAGAUAAUAUUAUGCUUAAAAAAAAUGGACAAUUAUUUCAUAUUGAUUUUGGUCAUAUACUUGGACAUUUUAAAGAAAAAUUUGGUAUACGUAGAGAACGUGUACCAUUUGUAUUGACACUUGAUUUUGUUCAUGUUAUUAAUAAAGGACAAACUGGAAAAGAACAAGUUAAAGAAUUUCAACAAUUUCGAGAUUAUUGUGAAAGAGCAUUUCUUAUAUUGAGAAAACAUGGAAGUUUUAUAUUGUCAUUAUUUGCAAUGAUGAUAUCAACUGGUCUACCUGAGUUAUCAUCAGAAAAAGAUCUUAAUUAUUUACGUGAUACAUUGGUACUUUCAAUGACUGAGGAUGAAGCUAAAAAACAUUUUCGUAAAAAAUUUGAUGAAGCAUUGUGUAAUUCUUGGAAGACUUCACUCAAUUGGACAUCACAUAAUAUGGCUAAAAAUAAUAAAGUCACGUAAUCAAUUUAAUAUUUAUAAAUCAUCAAUAAUUAUAAAUAAUAAUUGUGAUCUCAGGAAGACUGCAAGUGCUCAGAAAAAACUUGAUUCAAGUAUGAUUCAAUAUUAUUAGAUAUAUUUUUUAAUUUUAAAAAGACAAAAUAAUUCAAUUUAUAUAUAUUCUUUAAUUUUUUUUUCUUUUAUUUAUUUUGUUUUUCUUGUUAAUUUAAAAUACAAAUUAAUAUUUGUAAAAUAAUAAUUGCUAUGUAAAUUGGCGUUAAUUAAUUUAGUCGUUUUUUUUUUUGUUUUUCUUUUAAGAUUAAUGGGAAUAAUUUAAAGAAAAUGCGUAGGCAUGAAUUACCAUGCCAAUAAAAAUUAGUGCCAAUAAUAUAAUUAAUAAAUAUAUCG